UGGGUAUAAAGGCGACGGCACACUGCAAUGCCAGCUUUAUUUAUUGGUCAAUUUGUUUAAAACAAUUUAAAAACCGUGCGAAGAGCUCCACCGCCGGAAACCACAGACUGCAAAAAGCCUGCGUGGAUGGCAGAGAAACCGGUCGCCAUGGAGGGCACCGUGCCGGAGGCCAAGUACCAAAAACUGGCCACAGAAUACUCAAAGCUAAGGGCCCAGGCCACGGUGCUCAAGAAGGCGGUGCUCGAGGAGCAGUCCAAGGAGGCCAGUCUGCGGGAGCAACUGCAGCAGUAUGCCACCUCAUUGCGGCGCACGGAGCAGGAGGUGGACUCCCUGGGUUUCCGCAACAAGCAGCUGGAGUCCCGGGUGUCUCAGCUGCAACAGGAAAUCUCAGUGCACGAGCAGCCCAAGAAGAAGGACAAGGAUCCCGGUGGCAGGCGGGUGCAGGGCAACAGCCGGCCGGAAGCGGAGGCAGCAUCGGAUGCUGCUCAAGAAGUCCUCAUCUUCGAGGAACUGCAGAAGAAAAUCAUGGAGAAUGCGCAGCUGACGUCAUUGAUUGACGACAAACAGCGGGAUCUCUUGCUGCACACAGAGCGCAUCGCCUCUCUGGAACAAAAGCUAGAGAAGCGUAUCGGCGACCAAAAUGAACUCGAAAAACGACUCAGGAAGGAGGUGGAAACGCUGCAGCACAGGAACAGCGAGCUGGAAACUAAGCUCGUGGAUGCGGCCAGCAUGCUGGGCAGCGAGGACGCAUUGAGCGCCACCGGCAGCGAUAAUACUCCACUCCACAAUCUUCAGCAUAAUUCGAACAGCAACCACCUCACUUCCGAGGAUCGAAUUGCGCUGCUCGAAAAGGAGGCGGCGCACUGGAGGGCCCAAUUUGAGGUGACCAAGCUGCACCAGGCAUUUGUCUCGAACCCCAGCAAGGAUCUCAGCACCUGCAGCUAGACGGCGGCGGCGGGUGUUACUGUUCGACCGGCAGAGCCGGAGACCAAGGGCAACCAGAGGGCGCGCGACUCGCUGCAGGAUCCCCCCGAGCCACCCAGCAAGGAGCAGCUCAUCUACAGUGUGUUCAGCAAGAAAUUCGAGGAUCUGAUGCGACUCAAAGUGCAGGCGGAAUCUAAGCAGCGGUCGUAUGAGUUGGAGGUGCAGCACCUGCAAAACUGCCUGGAGAACGCGACGCACGAACUGAAGGCCAAGGACGAGCAGCUGGCAAGCUUGGGAGGAGCCCUGCAAAUGCUCGAAGAGAGUUGGUGAACCACGACGCGUAUUAACUACGAGGAGCAGAUCAGCGUGCUGACGGAGCAGGUCAUCAGCUUGAGCGACCAACUUGCCGCCUGCAAAUGAGCAUGGAGUGCGGAGCGAGUCCCGCCCUGCUGCUUUACUGUAUAUUCUUGUAAAAUAACUAACCGGGAACGCCCGCUCCCUCCUGUUUUGUUAUUGUCCGCCCUCGACGUGUAUAUAACUGAACAUUAUAUGUGUAUUAAAUAAUUCUCUAAAGUUUAAA